AUGGCUAGCCGACAAGAAGGGACUUCGUCCCGCGGCUCUCGCAGGAGCAGCCGCCAUGUUGGCAGCUUCAUCAUCGAUAGGGAAAUUGGCAAAGGCAGUUUUGCAAAGGUCUAUAUGGGAUGGCACAAGGAGUCUAAAGCUGCCGUUGCCAUCAAAUCCGUCGAGCUAGAGCGACUCAACAAGAAGUUAAAAGAGAACCUAUAUGGAGAGAUUCAAAUUCUCAAGACUCUCCGGCACCCCCACAUUGUUGCCCUCCACGACUGCGUCGAGUCCUCUACACACAUUAACCUCGUCAUGGAAUACUGCGAGCUUGGUGAUUUGUCCCUUUUUAUUAAGAAGAGAGACAAGCUCAUCACACACCCGGCUACCCACGAGAUGGCACGCAAGUAUCCAUCUGCUCCCAACUCCGGGUUGCAUGAAGUCGUCAUCCGACACUUCCUAAAGCAACUCUCCAGCGCACUCGCGUUUCUGCGUGCCAAGAAUUACGUUCAUCGAGACGUUAAACCUCAAAAUCUCCUCUUGUUGCCAUCUCGAGCGUUCAGAGAAGAACGGGCUAUGCCCAUCAUGCAGGCUAGCCAGGAUUCUCUUAUUCCCAUAUCUGGUCUCGCCUCCCUGCCUAUGCUGAAGCUGGCCGACUUUGGCUUUGCGCGAGUUUUGCCUUCAACAUCUCUCGCCGAGACACUCUGUGGCUCGCCGCUGUAUAUGGCGCCUGAAAUUCUUCGGUACGAACGCUACGACGCGAAGGCUGACCUAUGGUCUGUUGGUACCGUGCUCUAUGAGAUGAUCACUGGACGCCCGCCCUUCCGAGCUAGGAAUCAUGUUGAGCUGCUCCGCAAGAUAGAAGCUGCAGAGGACAUCAUCAAAUUCCCCAGAGAAGUCACGGUAACUCCCGAUCUCAAAGCUCUCGUUCGUGCCUUGCUGAAGCGGAGUCCCGUUGAGCGCCUCAGCUUCGAAAGCUUCUUCACUCAUCGCGUCGUAACUGAUGAAAUUCCCGGCCUAGUCGAAGAUGACGUGCCAAUGCCAACCAAGCGGGAGCUGGAGACUAUCCGUCAAGGAGAGGCUAUGCCUUCAUCGCCACGGGCACCUAUGGCCCGGCAGUUGAGUAACGAUCCAAGAGACACACGCCCAUCUCCAGGGUCUCCCCGCGCUUCACCACGCUCCUCUAUCGUGGGUAGCCCUGCUGAAGUAAGCCGAAAGCGCCAGAGCCAAAAUUCUGAGCGUCGCUCGAGUACUUCGCCUCGUGAUAGUGGUCACGGCCUUGGUAUCCAACGACCAGCGCCGAUUCAGUCACACUCUGCCCCCAAUCAUCCUAGGGCCGCCGAUCGAAGUGGACGCGAGCCGCAGCCCUCGUCUCUACGUGUGGCGCGACAGCCAUUGGAUGUAUCCCUAACCGAAGAAGAGAAGGCCGCUCAGGACGUCAUGUUUGAAAGGGACUACGUGGUCGUUGAGCGUCGCCACGUUGAAGUCAACGCUUUGGCUGAUGAGCUGGCGGCGAACGAGAGACUGGGGCAGAACAACCCUUCCUCAAGGGCUAGCCCCAUGCAGCGGAGGUAUACUCAGCAAGGCUCGUCUGCAUCCACAACAGGCGCCAUUCCAACACCCGCUUCGCGAACGGCUCUCGUCGCCCAGGGACGCGCUCAGGAUCGCCGUUCCUCGUACGAGAAGGCACUCUCUGCUAGCCCCGGAUCUGCCUCGAGCGCCAUUUCCAAGGCCAUUCACGACGCUAGCCUCCGUCUAUUUGGAUACAGUGUCAACCCAAUCCGCCAAAAGGGGUCACCACCUCACUACCAGCCUUUCCCUGCAUACCCCACUCCGACAUCAGCUGGUCUUCUCGGCGACGGCAAGACCGCCCAAGUGUCUGACGAGGACGCCAGGGCUGCACAGGCCAUCGAGGAGUUCGCGACGAGGAGUGACUGCGUGUAUGGUUUUGCCGAAGUAAAAUACAAACAGCUGGUUCCACUGGCUCCAUCCAUGGAUUAUGGUCUUGGUGGUGUCGGCCACGAGGAGGGUACCGAUGAAGACGAUGGUCUCACAGUUGAGGCUACUGUAGCUCUCUCGGAGGAGGCUCUCGUUCUCUAUGUCAAGUCCCUUACGCUUCUUGCGCGAGCCAUGGAUAUUGCUAGUCUGUGGUGGGCAAAGAAAUCUCGGUCUGAAUCCACUAUCGUCUCGCAGACACUUGUGCAACGAAUCAAUGCCGUCGUUCAGUGGGUUCGUCAGCGGUUCAACGAAGUUCUGGAAAAGUCCGAGGUUGUACGCCUGAAGCUUACCGAAGCUCAAAAGUUGCUUCCUGAGGACCACCCCGGCCAUCCUUCGAGCCAAGGAGAGGAUUCAAUCGGGUCCUCCGCUGGCGGGUCAAGGCAGGUGUACCUGACACCAGGCAUCAGCGCCGAGAAGCUCAUGUACGACCGAGCGCUGGAGAUGAGCCGCGCGGCUGCCAUUGACGAGGUAACGAAUGAAAACUUGCCCGGCUGUGAGAUCUCAUACCUCACUGCCAUCCGCAUGCUGGAGGCAGUUUUGGAUAAUGACGACGAAGCCGCAAGUCGCAGGCUAUCGUCCGGCAAGGAGCCGGCCACGGACGCUGCCCAGGAAGGCUGCGAUCUGGACACGGAAGAAGUGGCCCACGUACGAAAGAUGACUGCAAUGAUUACGGCACGACUAAACAUGGUUCGAAACAAACAGAAAAUGAUUGCAGAGGCUAACAGCAAGGCGCAGCACAACUCUGCUAUGCGACGACUUAGCGGAGAAGUCACGCCGCGGAGUGUGCCAUCAUAUGGCUCAACAUAA